CUGUAUAAAACUUCAACUCAUCGUACGUGUCAGCCCUGCGCACUGUGUUAUUUGGCGCGAAAUAUUUUGUCAGCAAACUGUCAACACAGAGAUUGAACAUUCGUUCGAUCUGAAUUUUCUUUUAUGAUUCCUUUUUUGGAAUAAAUUUGAUUAAAAUUUUAGACAAAUUAUAUCCGAAGUGACAUUAAAACAAGUGUUUAAUGUGAUUUUUUACAAAUCACACAGAGAAAGAGAGAAUAAGACAGUGUUGUGUUGCUCAGCUAUUAUUUCAUGGGUGUUGUUUCUUUUGCACCUAUUUCGCAGAGUUGGCAAUAAUUUUUGAAUAAUAUUUCAUUAAAAAAAAUUGUUCACAAAAAAACGGUAGCAAUUAAAGAAGAAAAAACAACAACACAAUGGAAAUGGAACGCAUCGAAGCCGUUCGAAAUCAAUUAGCGAAUCAAUACUGUUUUGUGGAUUUAUCGGCGAACGUUCGAGAGAAUGAUUUUGUGUUUGUGAAGGAUGAAAAUAAUAGUCCACGAAUUGCACGAGUUGAACAAGUGUUUGGUCAUAAGGCUCAUGUCAUUUGUUAUCGAAGUGCCACUGACUUGCCCCGUGAUGUGAAGUUGGUUUCAGACACUGGAUUGAAGAUUAACUUUCAUUCACAGGAAUUGAUUGAGGAUGUUUUGGAGUCGAAAAAUAUCGAUUUAAGCUUGAUAUGUGGCAAAUGUAUGGUGUUCAAAGCACACGAAAAUGAUUCAAUAGCUGAUAUUCUUCAACGGAAUAGAAAGCUUCAUCCAAUGGCUUACGUUUGUCGUUAUAAAUUGGUCAAAGAAACAAUUUACAAGCUUGUACCGGUUAGCUGGCAGCCCGGUGAAGAAGAAGAAGCUGAACGCAACUCCGGCGAAAUGACUGACAUGGAAUGUUACACAGACACUGAAGACCAAGCGAGUGAGGCUAUGCCCAGUUUGAAUGAAUCACUUGACAAAAUAAUUGAGCAAUUGAAUUCAACAAGUGUGGAGCCAAAAAAGAGUGGUAAAUCCAAUAAAAAUUCAACUAUUAGCUUACAAGUUGUAUCGCCUUUUAAAAUUGUUAAUAAUACAGUGCAAAAGGCUACACGAACACAGAAUCAGACAUCGCCGAAUAAACGGGCAUCGCCUGACGCUGGGAAAGAUAAUGAAGAAGUAUCGCCCAGCAAAAGAAACAAACUGACCGGCAAUUCAAACUAUGGCACACCAGGUACACGAAACGGAAAAUAUGAAUCGCCAGCACAGAAACAAAUGUCAAAAAUUAAGAAAAAUCUUAAUGACAGCUUCACCGAAGCAUUGCAGGAUCAUCCAUCAUCGCCGUAUGAAACCACGAUGAAUCCAAAGGAACCGCUUAAACUGACAUUUAGCAAAGGAAAUAAAAAACCGUUAACCGAAAAGAACGAGAAUACUAUGCAAAGCCCAAUGAACAAGACCCUUAUAUCGAUUCGUGGAAGUAGCAAACGGCGCAGCAUUUUAAAAAAUCUCGACAGUCCAAAAAGUAGCACACCAAGACGCAGUAUUGCUUUUGUGGAACUGCCUAAAAGUGAGAACAAACGAAAUAACGAUGUCGAAUCAACUCCGUCAAGACGAUCAACACGAAUGUCAUCAGCUGCGGCCAAUGCUGCUAUGCAAGCACAUGCCGUUCAAGAAGAGUCUUCGCCGGAGGUUGAGAAAAAACGUUCUGGAAAAAGCACCACUAAGCCGAUGAGCCCACCAUCGACACCAAAAUCGGCCUCAAAACGUAGCACCGCUGCAAAAAGACAACGAACUCCAAAAACACCCAAAACACCAAAGGGAACGAUGACGCCGCAGCAAACGCGAAGUUUGUAUCGAUCUGGUGGUCUCACACCAUCAAUCCAGAGCCGACAAGAGUCGAUCGGUGGCGAACAAACUGAAUUGGAACAAAUUCGUGAACGUCUUCAAGUGUCGGCGGUUCCCGCUAGUUUGCCAUGCAGAGAAAAGGAAUACGCAAGCAUCUAUGAAUUUAUUAUGGGUAAAUUAAGCGAUGGAUCAGGUGGUUGUAUCUACAUAUCAGGAGUCCCUGGCACCGGCAAAACGGCAACAGUCACACAAGUCAUAAAAACGAUACAAAAAGAAUCAAAGCCGAAAAAACUGCCUGCAUUUGAUUGUGUUGACAUUAAUGGGAUGCGCUUAACGGAGCCACGACAAGCAUAUGUGCAAAUUUAUCGCCAAUUGACCGGCAAAACCAUGGCGUGGGCACAGGCUCGUGAUUUGCUUGAAAGUCGUUUUACGGCCGGAGCAAAGAAGGCAAUUCGACCAACCGUUCUGUUAGUCGAUGAGCUGGACAUUAUUUGUAAUCGAAAACAAGAUGUCGUCUAUAAUCUGUUCGAUUGGACUGUUCGCAAAGGUUCUCGACUGAUUGCCAUCACAAUUGCCAAUACAAUGGAUUUGCCAGAACGUGUUUUGAAAUUGAAAGUUGCUUCGCGAUUGGGUUUGACCCGUAUCACUUUCCAACCGUACUCAUUCAAACAAUUGCAAGAGGUUGUAAUGACACGACUGGCUGGGUCAAAUUGUUUCAUGGCCGAUGCGGUUCAAUUGGUGGCAAGAAAAGUAGCGUCAGUAUCCGGUGAUUGUCGACGAGCCUUGGAUAUAUGUCGUCGUGCUACGGAAAUUGCAGAAGAGAAAAGCACUGGAGCUGGCCUAAUCGAAGUAAACUUUGCACACAUUAAUCAAGCGCUUAGCGAAAUGUUUGCCAGUCCAAAAGUGCGAGCCAUCAAAAAUUGCACGAAAUUCGAAAAGUUGUUCCUCCAAGCAGUCGCUUCCGAAAUUCAACGCACUGGCAUCGAAGAGGUCGAAUUUCAUCGAGUCUUCUGGCAAAUUGGUACAUUGGCGCCCAUACUUGGAAUCAAAAAUCCACCAACUGAAGACCAAGCAAUGAUGAUAUGUAUGUCUCUAGCCGCAAAUCGUCUCUUGAUUGCCGAAGAUAGCUCAGCGGGCCUAUAUCAGAAGAUCAUCCUGAAUGCAACCGUCGACGAUCUUUACUACGCACUAAAUGUUUCUUAAUUUUUAACUUAUUUCUUCCAUUUUUUUCAUCAUAACAUUUUCCAUUUGUUUUCUAACUUAAGUAUACAAUAAACACAAUUUUCUGUUUUGAUUAAAGCCAA